AUGGAAACACCGCUGUUCAACAAGCGGAAAACUAAAGUACGGCAAAAAGGAAAUAUCACCCCUUCUGAUUUUAAGGUAUAUGCUGCUGAUGAUACGCCGAUAUCGACCUACGGUGUCAGAACGCUGAUUCUGGACCUCGGAUUGCGGCGUCCAUAUAUUUGGAAGUUUACCGUUGCUAAAAUUCAACAACCAAUUAUUGGUGCAGAUUUUUUAAAAUAUCAUGGUCUUCUGGUUGAUCUUAAAAAUAGACGAAUAAUAGACGACUACACGAAAAUUCAACAAAUAGAACAGCUAAGCACAGUUAAACAUUCAACAAUUACAACAUUAAACAAAAAACACAAUAAUGAAAAAUAUAUAAAACUAUUAAAACAAUACAUUGACAUAACGAGAUCAACACAAGGACUAGAAACACAUAAGAUACAUCAUCACAUCAUUACUUCAGGAAGACCAUGUGCAGAAAGACCACGCAGGCUAGCAUCAAAUAAAUUUAAAUUAUUAUUAAUACAACAAGGAAUUUGUAAACUCUCUUCUAGUGAAUGGGCUAGUCCACUGCUAGUUCACUCUUCCUAA